AUGCGCGGUCCGCACUCGCGCAUGCGCGGUCCGCACUCGCGCAUCGCGGCGGCCGUCUUAACUGAGGGCAAUUUUGCCGCUCUUUUCGCCCGCGGUCCGCGCCACUCUGACAGGGAGGGGCGCGAGCUGAUUGGGUGAGGGAAGUGUUGGGCAGCUUACCAGUGUCCCCCAGGAGUCAUUCCUGAGGGAACACUCGGUAAGCUGCCAUAUUAUAUGUGCCAAAAAUACUUUGUGCCUCUUUAUAACUGUGCCUGCCUUAAAUUUAAUUUAACUCAAGUGCUCAGCCACUUGCCCUAUACUGCUGGUUUUAUUAACCUCUGCAGUGCUGAAAGUGUGCAUUUUGUCCAAUAGUGACGGUUUAUUUCAGUGCCUCCCUCUACUGUUACUGUGCACAUUCCUGAUCACUAUGCAGUCCCCUGCUGAUAAAAAGACAGUUACCCCCCCUCCCACCUCUACUAAACCCAGCAAGCGUGAUAAGACAGCCAUGUCUACAGACGCUGCUGUCAUUGGGGGAGUUGGGGACGCAUCCCAGGAGCACGUGAACUCAGAGGAGUUCCAGGCGCUCCUGGAUGCCACGAUGAGUAGGUCUGUUACACAGGCCAUUUUUUACCGCCAUGGGGGCGAUGUCGGACACCCUGUCCCACUCUAUUUCCUCUGCUAUUAGGGCAUCCGGUCACAACCCGGGCUCGGCACCCCCUAUAUCCACUGAUAGCAAGCCUAUGGUCCCUAGUGGCCGCAAGGCUACGUGCAAAUCGCACCAUCUGUCAGGUGCUACCUCCAGAACCAGUAAGACGGACAGGUUGCGCCCUGUUGAAAUUGAUGACGUGGUGCUCCCACGUAAAAGAGCCCCCGCCGGGCAAAAACGGUGCGGACUUGGAAGAGGGCAAAAGCCCUAUCUGAUCCGUCCGACUCCGACUCGGACUCAGAGGAGGUAUCAGAUGGGUCCGAUGACAUCGACCCAAUUAAUUCAGACAAUUCGUCCCCCGAACGCAGCGACACCGCGCCUCCAGCUUUAG